UUGGCAAAAUGAUCAUUGAGUCAAGGCAUUUCAAAUUUUUGGACACAUGUUUAGGCGGGCAUAUCAAAUUGUAGCCGUACCCGUAACCGUGAGAGCGGCUGGCAAAUGCUAAAUGCGUGCAAAUACUUUCCGUCAACCGCAAAACAACAACAUGCCUCCACAUCAGCCAGAUGUGGGUUCGAGAAUGUGUCUCAUGGCAUCAUGAGAGGGCAUGCGAUUUUAGAGCCACAUCAUGUCAUGGCAUGCCAUUUUGGAGCCAGAAUAGCUACAGCCCUCGCAGUCUUCUUAACCAAGGCGAUGGAAUAAUGUUUAGUGACAGUAACAGAUUGUUAAACCUUACGAUAUCUGAAAUAGAACACCGGAAACCGCCGUUCCAGUAUCCAAAAUCGCCAUUUGCCAGCUCUUACUAAGGCAAUGUGGAUCUCGGAAGAAGAAAAAGAGAGGAUAACGGCCAGACAUUUUAUUAUUUGACUGCCGAGUAUUCCCAGCAUUGUAAAAUUUUUCCUCUUGAAGCCUUUUAAAGUUAUAGUACUUGCAUAUUUUGGCGAGAGAACGUCCGCAUUGCUUCCAUUAUUGCCGAAAGUGUUGAUCUGAUUGUCUCUAUGAUUUCUGAAAUUUUCGUGUGAGCCAACCAUUUCUAUUCGUCUGUAUCCUAUUGGGGGGAGGCGGAGGGGGGACUAAAUCAAAUGCACAAUCCUAUUUCAUGAGAAAUUGUGUUUGCUUAGCGUUUUGAAUGAAAUCUUUAAACAUCAAGUGAAUUUGUAUUCAAGGUAUAACGUACACAGUUUGUUUUCCCCAAAUGCUCCAAUCACAAAUUCAUCGCUAUUUAUCUGAAACUUUUAGCUAGCGUUGGCAUAUAUCUUUUAACAAUCAAUAUGUAAACUGCGAGAGUAGGAUUCUCAAGUCUGUCUAAAACGGAAUUGAGAUUCAAAACAUUCUGCUACUGAUAGCUUCUCCUAAACUUUUAAUUUAUGGCUUCGAAUGCAUUGAUUCCCUCUUUUACAAGUCAAUAAAUCUAAUUUUUUAUUAGACUAUAUUCCUUAUCAUUCUCACAUGCUGAUAUGGAGUUCAAAUAGGCGAAUUUUCAACUUUGUGGAUGGCGGUUGUACAGAUCUCAUCCCUUCGAUCUCAGCGUCAAAUAGCCCAAAUUGCAGUUCUUUUCUUCAAGCUGUGCAAUUUACAGCCUUGCUCAAGCGUUUUGUCUGCCCAGCUUGUGUUUUAUUUGGGUUUUAAGCAAACGCCAUGAGAUUUAUGUGAACAAAAUUCUAAUGGUAGCCUGAAUUUACUUCUGCCAUGAGAGUUUCUGAAGUUCCAGAGUUUUAAAUAGUUGACUUCCAUUCGCCUUUUUCGCCAAUUUUGGCUUCUCCUACCCGUUUCACUUCCAUAUACUUUUUUAUGCGAAAUUUUACCCUCUCCUCCCUUGUUAAUAUUUCAGUUGCUUAUAUUGGAAAAGAAAAUCGAGAGCUCCUUUCCAAACUUUACACAUUCCAUUCGUCAUGGAGGAUACUUUCGUACCUUUCCAAGGAAUCAAGAAUGAUCUGAAGGGACGGCUUCUAUGUUACAAACAAGACUGGACCGGUGGCUUCAGUGCAGGAAUUCGGAUCCUUGCUCCCACAACCUACAUAUUCUUUGCUUCUGCACUUCCAGUAAUUUCAUUUGGUGAACAACUGGACAGAAAUACAAAUGGCUUAUUGACAGCAGUUCAGACAUUGUCAUCUACUGCAAUAUGUGGCAUCAUACAUUCUAUCAUUGGAGGUCAGCCUUUGUUGAUUCUGGGAGUGGCUGAACCAACUGUGCUCAUGUAUACAUUCAUGUAUGACUUUGCCAAAGACAGAGAAGAUUUAGGCCCGAAGUUGUUUUUGGCUUGGACAGGGUGGGUAUGUGUAUGGACUUCCUUCUUGUUAUUCUUGCUUGCCAUUUUGGGUGCAUGCUCGAUUAUCAACAGGUUUACCAGGGUAGCUGGAGAACUAUUUGGGCUGCUCAUUGCUAUGUUGUUCAUGCAGCAGGCUAUUCGGAGGAGAAUCCCAUCGUCACCAAGAAAGCUUGGGUAGAGGGAUGAGGGACAUCUUCUAGGGUGUGUGCAUGUGUAACUGUACAUAUAUAUGUAGUUGGACCAACAUAUCCAAUAUAUAGUGCAGAAUAUUGACUUUAUCACUUGCACGAGAUGCAUGGUGGCCAAUGUGGUUUAAACCUCAAUUGUCAGGCCAGGAUUGAUUCCGGACAGAAUUGUGUACUAC